AUGGGCAGGCCGCCGUGGUGCGAAUGCGACAAGGCGGGGAUCAAGAAGGGGCCAUGGACGCCGGAGGAGGACCUCACCCUCGUCUCCUACAUCCACGAGCACGGCGCCGGCAGGUGGCGCCUCGUGCCCGCCAGCACGGGCCUCCUGCGCUGCAGCAAGAGCUGCCGCCUCCGAUGGACCAACUACCUCCGCCCCGGCAUCCGCCGCGGCAACUUCAGCCCCCGCGAGGAACGCGUCAUCGUCCACCUCCAGUCCUUGCUAGGCAACAGGUGGGCCGCCAUUGCUUCCCAUCUCCCACAGAGGACCGACAACGACAUCAAGAACUACUGGAACACUCACCUCAAGAAGAAGCUCCAGGAGGAAAAGGAAAAACAGCAAGCAGCCAUCUUCGCCGCCGCCGGACAUGUCGACGACGACCGGCGCCAUCGUCGUCACGACGUGACCGCCAGUAGUCCCCUCUCCAAGGACGACGGCAGCUACGGCUACGCGCGCCCGGCGGCCUGCAGCAGCUCCACAGCUGCUGAUGAGGUCACCCAGCUACUCAUCGCCCGGCGGCACUCGUCGUCGUCGUCGUCGUCGUACCCCUCUAGUAUGGACAACAUAUCCAAGCUGCUCAAAGGCUUCCUGAAGAGCUCCCCGCCGCCGGCGCAGGAUGACGACGCUGCCGACAGCAAGCUCAAGCCCUCGGCCAUCGACGACGACGUCGUCGUCCAUCCUUUCGUAACUUUCGACCACAUGUCUGGCACCACCGGCAGUGCGCUGCCACCCAUCUCCGACGUGGCAUCGACGGCGCCGCCGCAGCAAGUGCUGACGACGGGACAUGGCUGUUUCCACGACGAGGCCCAGCAGCAGCAGCAGCAGCUGUCGUCAAUAGAGAACUGGUUGUUCGACGAGCCCAAUAAGCAGCAGAGGAUGGAGAACUCCGACGGCUGCUGCUCACUUCUUCCCAUGCUGUUUUAG